AUGAGGACCUUCAACCUGCUCUACCUGCUCACGUUACUGCUGCUGCUCCUGUUAGCCACCGCGGUGGCGGUAGUCGAGCCAGCCUCCAUCGCCAGGCCAAAUUUCCUAAAUCUGAGGAAAAAGUACCACAGACACUUUUGCCUGCACCGACGCUGCCUGCCUCUGCACUCCAGAGUCCCCUUCCCCUGACGAGACCGGUUCGACACUCGGGAAUGGGAAGGAAUACGGUACAGCUACCUCGCAUGUGUGGGCCCAAUAUGAUGGACCGUAGACUCAUGAUGAUGAUCAGAAUUGGGGGGCCACGAAAGACUGUCUUGAAAAUGUCCUAGCACCUUGACCCAUCAAGAAACCAAUGAACAAAACCAAAAUACAGUCAGUACUAAAGAAAAGCCAAGCAGGCAACGCUUGGAAAAGGCGAUUGGACUCCGCAAGCUGUGGACCAAAGAGCCGCUUGUGGCCAUGUUUCUGACAAACGUGUAUAGAAAUACUGUUAUUAUGCAUUGUAUGCACUUCAAAUGUUUAUUAAA